ACGCCAAGUGUCGCGGGACAUGCGCAGAUACUCACAUGUCAUGCGUCAUGAAGCUGCAGAGUUAAUUCGUCCCCUGCAUAAACUCGGCCGGCCGCAUCUCGCGGUUAUCGCGGUGAUAUAACAACUGUUCGUUGUAUAUGAUGCCUAUGCUUCCGUACCUUUGCGUCGACCGAGAACAAACAAAGAGUAGUGACCAAAGUAUACAAGUUUCAAAUGUUGUCAACACCAGGUUUGCGACACUAAAUAUCACAGAGGAAACAAUAACGAGAUGCAUCAUUCUGAUAUUGAAAACUUCCUCAUGCAUAGCGCCUUUCCUAAACGAUUCUCUCCCCAUUCCUCCCUCAUCCCAUCCGCCUCCUCAGCUUUGUAUCCGAUUCCCCAUACCCUAUCAAAGGGACUCGCCUCUGCAAGCACUUUAUCGCUGGUACCCAACAACACUUUGCUCAAUCCCUCCCCCUUUCCGCCUCUUCUAUCUUCGCUUGCUAUAAACUUGUACCAGCUCACAACUCUCGCAGCCCGGCUCUUGACUUUUGUCCAUUCGCAGUCAUUGAACCCUUUCAAGCUCCGUCCAAUAGCUUUUUGUUUUCGAGGACUGUCCUCCGCUAGGAUUCGAGCACAGGCCGAAGCGUCUGAGAAAUAGAGUCCUUUGCAGAACAUGAAAGCUUGCUCUGCACUCGAAAAGGAGAUUUCGGCACCAUAGUUUGCCAGUAUCGUGGAUGCGGUGUCCAGGAAACGUAGCGAGAUAGUGGAGACAAGGACAGGAGAGGAAUGCCACUGGCAAAACACGCCAUACGGUGUCUCGUUGGGCUUCCAGAAAUAUACCGCAUCAGUUUUGGUACUUGCAAUGUCUUUCGCUGGACCAGCGGGAUUCGCUUUGGGGUUUGGCAUGUCUGUUUGAUUGCCCCGGAUGAGAGAGUGGAGAAUGAGUGGUGGCUCUUCUGGGAGGAUU